UUGCAUGACUAGAGAAUGAGAUUCCAUAUCCAAAAACCCUUGGUUAUUUGUAUCCUAAUAUGGCAUAUUUAUUCAUAUUUAUUUACCAUAUAUUUUUCAAGAUGAAGAUUUAGAAGAUGAAGAGGGACCUUUUUCCGUUGGAUGUAGGAGACAAAGUUGACGAGGUCGUAAAAGGAAGCCCUUAGAUUAUCAUAUGACGUGACGUGUGAUAUAGUUUAUCCAUUUCUUUCAGCAAAAUAAAAGGGACGGGGCUUCUUCCGUGUUGGAGCAAAUGAUGGGAACCAGCGUUUUCGUGGUGGGCCUUCCACUGGCGCGGCUCACGGUUAUAGUGCGUCCAUCACUAGCCAGGACCUGUAAGGCAAAGAAGACUGGGCGGCUGAGAGCAAAACUCAAAGACGACGAUGACCCACUACUUCAGGCCGCCAUUCAUGGCGCUUCUCUUCGUUUUCAAGAGACCUUUCGGCCGGAGCCUCUUUUUAUUGAUCCAUAUGUUGGGUGCUUUCUUCCUCCCAAUGUUGAGAAGGACAUGGAGCAAUAUCCACCCCAUUAUUGCCUUGCAACUAAGUUCAUUGAUGACAAAUUGCUAAGUACCAUGAACCAUAUUGAUGGACUAAAGCAGGUUGUUUUAUUAACAGAUGGCAUGGAUACUCGGCCAUACAGACUCAGUUGGCCAACUUCAACCAUAAUAUUUGAUAUAUCCCCGGAAAGUGUGUUUAAAAGAGCAGCUCAAAAGCUCGAAGGUGUUGGGGCUAAGAUUCCUAAAAGUUGCCUGUUUCUUCAUGUUCCAUUGGAGUCUUCUGAUAUACAAGAAAUUUUGCGCAGAAAAGGGUUCAAUGGAAAUCGACCUAGCAUAUGGGUCUUCCAGGGACUCUCUGUGAUGACUUUGGCGGAUUUUGACGAGCUUGUUUCUAUUGUAAGUAGUUUAGCCAUGAAGGGAUGUCUCUUUCUGGGAGAAUUGCCUGUCUGGUUGGCAGAAAGUGAAGUUGGAAGCAAGUCCAGUACAAAGCGAUGGAUGGACAAGCUUUUCAUGAGCAACGGUUUCAAGGUGGAAAUGAUUCAUUAUGGUGAAGUAGCAAGGAAUUUAGGCAAGGAACUAGCAUCAGGCGAGUGCGAGUACAUACUUUUUGUUGCAGAACAUUUGCGGUUUUCUGAUGAUCAGAUGGAAACUUGGAGGAGAGAAUUUCAGAGAAUAGAGGAAGACGCAGAUGAAGACGGGUUCGAGGAGCUCUAAAACACAUAAAAAUUCUGUAUUUGUCCAUCGGAAACUUGCAAAUUUUCGGUCUCUGUUUACUUUGUUGAUUUUCCUAACGAAAUUCCACAAGAUGCCUGUGUGUAGGCCUCCACACCAUGAUGUCACGGAUAUACAUCCUUGCCCUCGUUUGAAUACUGCGAUGCCCUUUCCUGGGUUAGACUGUUGGUAUACUACAGAACAAAUAAAGCUAUCAUUUUUUCUGUUUUCA